AUGUCUCAGUUAGAAGAGAUUACAGGAACUCCAAUCAUCAAAGGUUCACAAACGAUGCAGAUACAAGGAAAGUACAAAGGAAAACUUCUCUGCUUCAAAGACUCUUAUGCAAUCAUCUCAACUAAGUUGGAAAGAUUCCCUGAAAUGUUUCACCUCACUAGUGGUGAAAAAGAAGUUUUCCCAUAUAAUUACUACACGGAAGAGUUAGUUAAUACAACUAAAGUUGGUAACAUCGAUGAUGCCAUGAAUCAUGUCAAAGAUAUUGAAGCUUUUAAUGAGAACAUUGAGAAGAUUGAAGAUUGCAAGAUUGAUGAUGAACACUUUGACAUGGAAGUUUAUUCGUCAUUCUAUUGCGGUCAAGAUGUACGCAUUUUACGAGAUGGCUUUCUUAAGUUCCGCAAUGACCUCAUGACUGAGUUUGAAAUAGAUGCUUAUGAUUAUGUUUCAAUAAGUUCUAUCUCAAACAAACUCUUUGAGAAGAGAGUAUAUUGGAAGAACGGUAAUCUCUUUGAUCUUGCAGGAAAACCUCGUGAAUAUAUUUCCAAGUGUAUUCAAGGAGGAAGAUGCAUGCUAGCUGAGAACAAGAAGCAAUACAAUGAAGGAGAACUCAUCACUGACUUCGAUGCUGUAUCAUUGUAUCCAUCAGCAAUUGCUAGACUUUACUGUUUAGAAGGAAUUCCAAAAGUUAUGACAGAAGAGAUGAAGAGCAGUGAAUACUUGUUGGAGCAUCUCUUUGAUGAUGACCAAGCUGAACCAACAAAGGAAAAGUUCAUCUCAGGAUUUUACUGUCAGAUCGAGAUCUUGUCGAUCGGUAAGAACUCAGCAUUCCCAUUGAUUGUCGUCAAUCCUGACAUCAACCCUGACUUACAUGUUGCCAGAAGUUCCAAUACAUGCUGCAAGAUGUUCGUAGACCACAUUACGCUUCAAGAUCUGAUCAAGUUCCAAGAGAUCUCAUGCAAA